GACUGGGCUCAACUCGGAGCACGCGUAAAAGCUGUAGACUUCGCCUUCCUCAUCGUUCGUCGUCUUCAAGUCGGAUUUGAGAGUACCGAAAUGGCUCCUCCGGCAUCAGAUCCGGCGAAGAUGCAACAGAUCCAGCAAUUCCUAUCCUCCGUGCUCUCUCAGCGUGGCCCAUCCGCCCUCCCGUACGCCGAGACCACCAAGUGGCUAAUCCGGCAACACCUCCUAAACCUAAUCUCUUCCUACUCCUCCCUCGAGCCCAAAACGGCGACGUUUACGCACAACGAUGGCCGCUCCGUGAUCCUCCUCCAAGCCGACGGCACAAUCCCGAUGCCUUUCCAAGGCGUCACCUACAACAUCCCCGUCGUCAUCUGGCUCCUCGAGUCUUACCCUCGCCAUCCUCCUUGCGUCUACGUGAACCCCACGCGCGACAUGAUCAUCAAACGCCCUCACUCCAAUGUCUCUCCUUCCGGCCUCGUCUCCCUCCCUUUUCUCCACAACUGGGUUUACCCUAGCUCCAAUCUCCUCGAUCUCGCCUCUCAGCUCACCGCCGCCUUCUCCCGUGAUCCGCCGCUUUACUCUCAGCGCCGUCCUCAGCCGCCGAUCGGAUCGGGAUAUCAGCAGCCAUCGAGGCCUUUUCCUCCUCAACAGCAGCAGCAGACGGAUGACGCGGCGGAGGUCUACAAGAGGAACGCGAUCAACAAGAUGGUGGAGAUGGUUCACGGCGAUCUCGUCUCGAUGAGGAGGGCAAGAGAAGCGGAGGCGGAAGGAUUGCUGAGCUUGCAAGCCGGCCUUAAGAGGAGAGAGGAGGAGCUCAACAGGGGUUUGCAGGAGAUGGUGAAGGAGAAAGAAACAUUAGAGCAGGAGCUACAGGUUAUCUCCAUGAAUUCCGAUUUCCUCGAUUCAUGGAUCAGGGAGAACAAAGGGAAAGCCGAGAAUUUGCUAGUGGAUUUGGAUGUAGAUAAUGCCUUUGAGUGUAAUGAGACACUGUCCAAACAGAUGUUGGAGUGCACUGCAUUGGAUUUAGCCAUUGAAGAUGUUGUUUAUUCGAUGGAUAAAUCGUUUCGUGAUGGGUCGUUACCAUUUAAUCAGUAUUUGAGGAAUGUGAGGUUGCUUUCGAGGGAGCAGUUCUUCCACCGAGUCACGGCUGAGAAAGUUAGGGCGACACAGAUAGAGGCUCAGGUUGCUUCGAUUGCAGCUAGCUUGCACUCUUCUUGAUCACUGGCAAGAUAUUCGUCACUUUUUGCUGAUUACUAAUUAUACUCGAUUACUGUCUAUAGCCACCAGUGCAUAUACAAAGUUGAAUUGAUCAUACAUACUUUGGGUUACCAUUCUCUUUGAUCUUAUAUAAUGAAUGAAUUGGUUUGGGAGUUAUGUUUUCCCUGUCUGUCA